AUGGUUGGGGAAGAUGGGCUGGAUGCCAAACAGCCUCCUUUGUUGCAGGGCCAGCAGGCUGCAAAGAAGGAACAGUCCAUGACACUCUGGGAAGCAGUGAAGCUCUAUCCCAAAGCUGUUGGCUGGUCUGUGCUCCUUUCAUCUACGCUCAUCAUGGAGGGAUAUGAUCUCGCCUUGCUCAGCUCCAUGUAUGCCUCCCCAGCAUUCAACCAGAAAUUCGGUGUUCAGGGCCCAAACGGCAAAUGGGCUGUACCAGCCUCCUGGCAAUCCGGCUUAUCGAACGGAGCGCGAUGCGGAGAGGUUAUUGGUCUCCUGAUCAACGGUCUUAUUUCUGAGCGUCUGGGAUACAGACGGACUAUGAUAUGUGCCCUGGCUACAAUCACCGCGGUGAUCUUUAUCUUCUUCUUCGCUGUCAACGUGGAGAUGCUCCUUGCUGCGGAAAUAUUGGCCGGCAUACCGUGGGGUAUCUUCCAAACACUACCCGCGGCUUAUGCGUCAGAAGUUUGCCCGGUCGUACUUCGCCCAUAUCUGACCACCUUCAUCAACAUGUGCUGGGUCUUCGGGCAAUUUGUCGCUGUCGGCGUGAACCGAGGAUCUAUAUCCCGCGAUGACCAGUGGGCCUAUCGAAUUCCCUUCGGGGUGCAGUGGAUCUGGCCGCUUCCCAUUAUGCUUGGCUGUUUAUUUGCCCCCGAAUCGCCUUGGUGGCAUGUUCGCCAAGGAAACGUCCAAGGUGCUCGAAGAGCUCUACAAAGACUUACAUCUGAUAGCGAUCCCAGUUUCAACAUCGAUGAAACGAUAGCCAUGAUUCAGCAUACAAAUGAGCUGGAGGCGUCUCUCUCGAGUGGAACCUCGUACUGGGAUUGUUUCAAGGGCACCAACCUGCGCCGAACAGAAGUUGUAUGUGUCGUGUGGCUAGUCCAAACGCUCUGUGGACAGAAUCUGAUGGGCUAUUUUGCCUAUUUCAUGGUCCAGGCUGGUCUGCCUCCCAUUCAAUCCUUCAAUUUAUCAUUAGGACAAUAUGCACUUGGCGUGAUUGGUACUCUAGGCUCAUGGUUCCUGAUGACCGUUGCCGGUCGCAGAACCAUGCACAUCUGUGGUCUUUCUUGCCUGUUUUUACUUCUCGUCAUCACUGGAAGCUUAUCAUUCGCCGAUAGUGAUGGGGCGAAAUGGGCUAUCGGAGUGAUGUUGAUUAUCUUUACAUUCUGUUACGACAUCACUGUCGGCCCAGUGACGUACUCUCUUGUCUCAGAGCUCUCUUCAACGCGUCUCAAGGCUAAGACCAUCGUCCUCGCCCGCUCAUUAUACAACAUCAGCAAUAUUGUAGUGAAUGUUUUGACCAAUUACCAACUAAGCUCUACGGCGUGGGGCUGGGGAGCAAGGAGCGCAUAUUUCUGGGCGGGCACCUGCUUGCUUAGCCUUGUUUGGGCAUAUUUCAGGCUUCCAGAACCAAAGGGGCGCACAUACGAGGAACUGGACUUGCUCUUUGAGAGACGGGUGUCAGCUAGAAAAUUUGCGCAGACCUCGGUUGAUCCUUACGAAGGCGAAGCUGUUGAAAUACGGGAAGACUUUGCCAACAAGGAUUGA